CUGUGGCAGGAGUCAAGGAAGCAGUACGUAGUCACUGUUUCCCCCCAACCCGAGAACGGCCUCUUACUCGUGCAUUUCUCUGAGAGCGCUGCCGCAAAGUCGUCUGCAGCCGCCAGUACAGAAAAGAACGACGAUAACGUCGCCGCCACUCAGGGCCACAUGUCCGUUGCCCUUCGGAUCUUUUUCACCUCAUUUCGCGUCCUCCAGCUGUCAGGCAAGCCAAAGCAACCGAAAGAAGCUGCAGGGCAUUUUGCUGAAAAUGAGGAUGGUGCCGGUGAUCAGGAGGAGGAGGAGGAGGCGAACGAGGACGAGAACGAACACCUCGGUGAAGCGCUCCCAUGCAGUAGCAGCAACUGUCUGCCCAAAAAGCUCUGCAUUGAUGCGCUUACCGAAGUGCGGCGUGCCGUCUGGCUUCAGGUACACCCCUGCCCUCCCGCACUCGAUCCCAUGUACACCCUGAUACACCACCCUGCACUCAACAGGUGCACAGAAUGGCUGUGGGCCGUCCUUUCCAAUCACCCCGUGGCCUGCGUUUUGGUGAACGUUGUGCGAGUAGUUCGCCAUCUCAUGCUCAACGGAGUUCCGGACCAGUGGGGUCAGCUAUCGGAAUAUGUGAGUCCUGACCCUUUUCCAUCUGCUUCAUCUGUCUCCAGCGUAGCUUACAUGCUGUAG